AUGAUCGAUACUAAAUACUCUAAAAAACUAUCGGCAAAAUGCGAAUUCUCUGUGCACAAAGAUGGCCCUGAAGGAGAACGUGUUACAGGAACCGUUCUGGAUGUUGUGUUGUACUACAGUAUCAGAUGUGAACCUCAAGACGAAACCCUUUCAGGUACAAUUAGCACGGAUGAGCCAGGUUUCAAGCCAUAUCCAAUGAUAGAUGAGAACGGAUGCUCUCUGGAACCUUCACUUUACGACGACGUCACUUACGCUUCGAAGUUCACGGCAGGAAUUCGGAAUCCGUAUCCGGUACGAUUCCGUUCGUCAUCCGGUGCUGUAAUCCUGUACUGUGUGACGACGUUGGAACCUACUACUUUGACUGGUGCAUGUAGUCGACAUAAAUGCAACAAUAAUAUUUUCUCUUCUCCUAUGCAUUCCUGA